AUGUCACAAACGAACACAAUUUACGAGACGCUCUCGGGCAACGAUCUUCCGAUUCUAGCACGUCCGCCCACAUUGCCAACUCACAGUCAGGACCAAAGCAGAUUUAUGCAGCUUCCUGCUGAAGUUCGACUGAACAUCUUGCGGAUGGGACUAGUCAGUAGCGAAGGACUCGACGUUCGAAAACAGUACCUCAUACCGUCAAUGCCUGGGCCCAACGCAAAUGCUAAGGAUGGACUACCGCAAAGACGAACAAAGAUCGUUGAGGGCUAUGGCCUUGUUCCAGCACUACUCGUUCUCUGUCAAUACCUUUUCAAGGAAGCGUAUCCAGUUUUGUAUCACGAAAAUACUCUCGUGUUACAUUUUCAGCUUACCGAAGGGCCAUCUCCAUGGUCUGGAGACAUUUACUAUUGCUAUGUACUAGCACCAUUCAUUCUGCACAAGAAAUCAGUACGAAUGAAGGUCUCAACCAGCGGCAAUGCCGUGAGUUCUGAUACACGCAAGUGCUUCGUGUGGGAGCUCAAGCUCUUGCAACUCGUUCACUGCCAAAGUUUCCAGAUGGAGAUCGUGGGAGUCUCUGGAAUGGAGUCGAUAGUCUCAGACGUGGAAGAAGUGGAAGAAGUGGUUACAAGCAAUCGAAGGGUGCAGGACUUGAGCAAGCUGAAGGCAAACGUGGCACUACAAUUCAGUCUUAUGGAAAAGGUCGCAACAGCCGAUCCAGCACGCGCCACGCUCCUACAACGCUUGUACUCAAUCGGCAGAGAGUUGGAGCCGGCUGUCAGGGACUUUGAUGUCGCAGAAUUUCUCAAACAUAGAUCCGAUUUCCUCGAUCUCUUCAAUGAGAUGCUGGCGCUUCUCAACCAGCAGAUCUCUCAAGACGACGAGGAUGUUUUGGGGCUAGAACCCAUCUCUCACGACAGAGUGGUGGAAGAAAUCGAAUAA